CGGGCGCUGCCCGUGACGUUUCCUUUCCGCGUUGUGUCCCCUCGAUUAACGAGAUGCUGUGGGAAGUCGCCCGGUCGGCGGGGCGGCUGUGCCCGAGCGGCUGCAGGCAGUUCUGGGGCUGGCUGAACGCCGUGUUCAACAAAGUGGACUACGAGCGCAUACAGGCUGUUGGGCCCGACAGGGCAGCUUCAGAGUGGCUGCUGCGGUGUGGAGCUCUGGUGCGCUAUCAAGGCUAUGAAAAAUGGCAGCGGGACUACAGCGGCCUCCCCACUGGGCCCCUAGGGAAAUACAAGAUCGAAGCUAUUAACGCCACUGAGUCUUGCAUCAUGUACAGAGGAUUUGACUACCUGGAUGGUCUUGAACACGUUACUGAAAUCAAGCUGCAGAAGUGUAUUUACAUACAGGACGAGUGUCUGCAGAGGCUCAGCGAGACAAAGAACCUACAGAAGAGUCUCCUGCAGCUGAAGAUCAUUUCUUGUGGCAAUGUCACAGAUAAAGGCAUCGUUGCACUUCACAAGCUGACGAAUCUUGAAUAUUUGUAUCUGAGUGACCUUCCUGGAAUAAGACAGAAAGAAACCACUGCUCGUGUCCUUCAGCAGGCACUGCCAAACCUAGAGCUGGAGCUGGAUCUGGACUGAAUGCAACGAGGGGUGAGUGACUUCACUACUGACAAAACCAGCAAAUAUAAAUAACUUCAUAAUGCAAGGAAGAGACAGACAGGAGAAGCUCUGGAAAGGCCAAGGAAAAAAGCAGACUUCAGUAAUUAUAUCCUCCUUCUGUUCACAGCGUGUGGAGCCUUCCUGUAAGUCUAAGUCAAUGCCUGUGCUUGUAAUACUUCAUGCCGUACACAAGAUAGACAUACCUUUAAAACACUGCUAUUUCAGCAGCUUUGUAAUGAGCUGGACCAACCUCAGCUGCACACACACACACACACACACACACAUACACACACACACCUGCCUUCCACUCACAAAGGGAAGAGGUUUACAGCUCCCUGCAAGAUCAGUAGGCUAGACACAGUGACUCUGAUUUAUUCUCCUGCCAAGUGUGAAAUACAGCCAACAGACAACAGAGUUCUCGAGAUUCACCCUGUAAACACUGCUUUGCAGUAAUCUCGAACCAGUAGGCAACCACGAGUUAAAGUAAAAGAAUUAUAUUUUCUUUACAGAGAACACUGGCUAACGUGAGCUUGGAGUGCACCACUUUCCUUCCACCGGUGGCCCAGAGCACCUCACAGUCCAUUUCUGCAUACAUCGUCACCUCUAUUAAUUCAGUUUUCCACCGUGUGGCCUUCCAUAAGUUCUGAAGGAGUGGAACUUUGAACACUGGGUAGUUUUUCAUCUUCCACACCCUUAGAUGUUAGGGAAAUGGCAAUUGGAUUUCCUCGUCUUGCAGAAGGGCUUCUUGCUGUCCAAAGCUGGCAGAAUGUUGCUGCUGCUUAACUGAGGCAGGUACUGAAAUGAAAGCAAGAGUUACAUCAUGCGUAGUUGUUUGAAAGGAGGAGAAAGCAUGCAGUUCAUCUUUCAAAAAGGAAUAUAAGCUAUACAAUUAUACUGUACUUCUCAGGCUAAGAGUCACGAGCACAUGCAGUUUGCUCAGCAGUCCUGCUACACCUCGUCAGGAAUGCUAUUUAUCCUAAAUAAACCUCAUCUGUCACAUCGCUA